AUAGCAAUAAACAGUUUCACAUGACACUUUAGUCUUAGAAAACAAAACUGCAACAAAAUAAUAAACAUUUUUGGCUGACAAUAACGGUUUUCAAUCGUUUCACCCACUGGUGGUCAGCCAACCGGGUCUUACGGACCGGAAAUGACGCAAAGAGCUACACUGUUGUUAGCAUAACUUGCUAACGGCAUGUAAUCAACACUACGUUAAAUUCGUCCGUUGAGGUUGAAAAUUGGCACAUGUUUUAAGAAUAUUGUAAAUCUAGCCAUUGCAUUCGCUAAAGUUGUUUAUUCCGUUAUGGCGGCUGUAGCUGUGAACGCAGGACAAAUAUGAAGGAUGCUCCGGUUAAAUGAGAGAUACCACAAUCUUCUUUCGGACUUUUGACAUUUCUUCGGCUAUGUAGAGCUGAACUCUGCCUGUCCUGUCCUUGUAUUUACGUCUUUCUCGUCGCUUCAAUGGGGAAAAAGAAGGACAUGAUUCACUCCAGGUUCCUUGGUGAAGGCGGCCCCAGCCUGCACAGCAUCCACAAACGAAAACACAAGAAACACAAAAAGCACAAGAAGAAGCACCACAGCUUCACUGAGGUGCCUGAGCCUGAGCCUGUGGUCGUGCCUCGUCCUCCUCCACAGCUCAGACUCAAGAUCAAACUGGGCGGGCAGACGCUCGGGACCAAGAGUGUUCCCACCUUCACCGUGCAUCCUGGUGUGGCCUGUCCUCCGUCUCCUCUAAUGAUUAUUCACAGUGAUGUAAGCAACGAUGAUGACGACGACGACGAUGAGGAGGAUGAUGACGAUGAGCCCUCUGUGCCUCUGGAGCAGUACAGAGCCUGGCUGGACGAGGACAGCAACCUGGCAACGUCCCCCUUGCCUGACAUGGACUCGGACUCGAUGCUAGGUGGACCAGUGGAUGAGGAGGAGAGGUGGCUGGAUGCCCUGGAGAAAGGCGAGCUUGAUGACAACGGAGAGCUGAAGAAGGAGGUGGAUGAGUCUCUGCUCACGGCCCGACAGAAAGCUCUGCUCCACAAGCAGCAGAGUCAGCCCCUCCUGGAGCUCCCUAUGGGCUACAAGGAGAAGGAGAUGACAGCAGAGAUGAUGCAGAAGCGAGAGGAGCGAGCCAGAAAGCGCCGCCUGCAGGCCGCCAAGAAAGCUGAGGAGAACAAGAACCAGACGAUCGAGAGACUCACGAAAACCAGCAAGGCCAAGAUCAAGAGCAUGAGAGAGAGGAAGUCCAAACAGAGUCAGGUCCCCAUGGUUCGGUACAGUGACUCGGUUCAAGGAAUGGCCAUCUCUUUCCCCACUGGAGUCGCCGCUCCGACACCAGCACCCCCCUAUCCUCCUCCUACAGCCCCGGUGAACUGUGGAGUCAGCGGCUGCACCAACAUGAAGAAGUACUCGUGCUCAAAGACCGGGGUCCCGCUGUGCAGCCUGGAGUGCUACAAAAGGAACCUGCUGUUGGUUCAGAGCACAGCCUAAACUUAGAACAGUUCCUGCGACCUCAGUGGAGGAGGAUUUAGUUUUAUUUGUACAGUGGGAAAUAAAGAUGGAGCACACGCUCCGUUAUAUCAGUAAAAUGUAAAUUAUACAGACAGAGUGGCUGCACAGCGGUCUAAGGUCCAGUUUGAGUUUACCAGAACCUUUGUGUAAACGUGAAUUUACUUUUUUCCUUCUUUCAUUUGCUUUGUCUACAAUCAUGCUUUCUCCUGUAGUGAUUCAAUUAUCUUCUCUGAAUAUUAAAGCUCCUGUGAGAAUUUUCA